AGAGUGGGAUUCUCCAAUCAGGGUUUUAGCAGAUUACCUCACUGAAAAAUACCCAAUCAAGUAACGUAGGGUUAAAGUGCUUGCUGGGCGUCAUUCACUGAAGAAACACAGGAAGAAGGUUGUUUUUAUUUCCUGGAUUGAUUGGCUAAAAGAAAAGCGUACUUUUCACACAACUAGAAGAAGAAGUACUGUAGCUGUUCCAAGCCAUGACGCAUUGGUUUCACAGAAAUCCUUUAAAGGCCACCGCGCCUGUCUCCUUCAGUCUCUAUGGAGUAGCUGCAAGUACUGGAGCUAAUAAGAUCUGCAAUGAUCUGAAGGCAGCACGAGCACGGCUGUUAGAACUAUUAACAGAUGUUACUGCUAAUGCUGAAAUGAUGAAAAAUGCUACAGAUGCAUACUUCUCACUUCUACAAGGCUUCAUAAUUUCUCUGGAUGGUACAACCCAAGAAAACAAGCUGCGCUUCAUUCAGAAUUUUAAAUGGACAGACACCUUGCAAGGAAACAUUCCAAGUGCCCAGCAGGAUGCAGUGUUUGAGCUUGUCUCAAUGGGCUUUAAUGUUGCUUUGUGGUACACAAAGUUUGGGUCCAGAAUGUCCGGAAAAGAAGAUAUAACAGAGAAUGAAGCAAAAGAAGUUCACAGAAGCCUGAAAACUGCAGCUGGCAUCUUCAGACACCUUAAGGAUAGCUACAUACCACGGCUUAUCACUCCUGCAGAAAAAGGAAGAGACCUAGAAGCUCGAGUUAUAGACACAUACAUUGUCCAGUGCCAGGCAGAAGCACAAGAAGUGACCAUUGCCCGGGCAAUUGAACUCAAACACAAUGCAAAUCUUAUAGCAGCUCUGGCCUAUGAAACAGCCAAUUUCUACCAAAAGGCUGAUCAUACACUUACUUCCCUGGAGCCUGACUACACUGCAAAAUGGAGAAAGUACCUGCAGUUGAAACAGUGUUUCUAUAUGGCAUAUGCAUACUGCUACCAUGGACAGACUCUUCUAGCAAGUGACAAAUGUGGAGAAUCGAUCCGAUCUCUACAAGAAGCAGAGAAGUUCUAUGGCAAAGCAGAGGAUCUGUGUAAAGAGUAUAGGCAGACCAAGGGACCAGGAAGUACAGCCAAGCCGUCAGAGCAGCUCUUCUUCAGGAAAUUAGGGUCUUGGAUCAAAAACACGCUGGAGAAGUGUCAAAGAGAAAAUGGAUUCAUAUAUUUCCAAAAGGUUCCUCCAGAAGCCCCCCAGUUGGAAUUGAAGGCCAAUUAUGGGCUUGUGGAACCAAUUCCAUUUGAAUUUCCGGCUCUCCAUCCUCAGUGGUCACCAGAAGUAUAUGCUUCAUUUGACCUCACUAAAGGAUUAAAGGAUGACAAGGCCAAACCUAAACCAGAGGAAGAAGUAAAGCCAAUGAAGGAACCUGAUCUGAAGCCCCAAAAAGACUCUGGAUGCCUCAUUUCCUAAGGAUAUAAAACUCCCAUGAUCUAUACAAAGUAUGCAACUUUAUUAAAGACCAACACUGACAACCUACUAUUAUUACUGUACUAUAAAAAUAAUUUUUCCUACUUUCGAUGGUUAUGGUUAUCUAAACUUGUAUUAUGUUUAAGCCAGACAGAUAUUGUACAUUUUAACUUCUGCUCAUACAAAAUAAAUAAUAAUCUUGGUAACAUAUUUGAGAAAGGCAUGUAUGUACUUUCAGUGUGUGUAUCAAUAACAUUUAAAUUGGUUUAUCAUGGCUCCUUGCUUAUAUAUACUUUUUAUGGUCUUUAUAUUGACUUGAUUUAGACAUAAUAUUAAGCAAGCAUAUAAUGAUUUACUGUUCAUGAUAUUUAAUCAUUGUUAUUAUAAUAAUAUAUUGUGGACUCUGGUAAAGAAUGUUGUUUCAGAGCUUACUGAUUCUAAGCUGAUUUAUUUCUCAAUUCAGUAGUGUUUUUAGGAAUUGUUUAAUCCAUGGCGUUUCUCUUCUUAUUUGAAGCUGUCAAAACAUUUAUUUUAUCUAUCUAAAAAGAUUUUAUUAUUUCACAGAAUUUUACAACUACAACGAGAAAAAAAGAAUAUCUUAGAUCGUCCCCAGAAAAGAGGGAAUAUGGGAAUGUCCAUUUCAAUUUGAUACUUUUGUCAAUAUUUAAAAUCACUGUGGCUUCUGAGUCCAUGAGCACCUUUUACAAUGUGGCGGAAAUGUAUCUCAAGGUUCAUGGUAGAAUUAAUUGUAGCCUCACCGAAUACAGCUGGCUUUUGAAUUUGUUUUCUUUUGAACCCUUUCCACAGUGGGGAAGUUGCCCCAUACUUUUGUAUAUUUUUAUGGAUUUUACAGUACAACAUAUGAAAAGUGUUUAAUUUAUAAACAUUGGCGUUUAGGGGGUUUUCUUUCUUUCUGAAUUUUCAUGUGAAGGGUUAAACCCCUUUUAAAAUAGUUGAAACAAACCUUUUUUUUUUUCCCCCACAGUCCAUAAUGCUGUGAUUUAAUAUAUUUUGACCAUUAUGCCAUGGAGAUAGGAGGUUAUUGGACAAUGUGCAAAACUGUAUAACAGCUGAAUGUAGAUUAUUAAUUUACUUGAUAUUUAUGGUAUUCAUAAACAGAGUUUCCAACAAUUUGAUAACAUGCGUCAAGAUGUAAUAAAUGAAGAACUGUCAUGAAUAUUGUAUAUUUUAAAAUAGCUCCAUAAUUUGUCAAGCAAGAUUUAAAAAACAUUAAUGGCUUUCUUUUUUCAUACUGAAUUUAGUUUUUGUUUAGUUUCAAAUGUUGCACUUUAUACGUUGACUUUUUGCAAUAUUUUACUUCCACAUCCCUGUUCAUAGUUAUGUGAUUAUUGCAAACUAUAUUACAGUUCUGUAUUUACAGGUACAUGAAUAAACAAACAAAAAGAAAAA